AGUGUAAACUGGUGUAAACACUCGCGUAGCUGCUGUUAAUAUUAUUAUAAAUGACAACAGUUUUAUGCAGCUCUCUUUAUAAGAGAUUAACCAUGGCACCACAAUUUUAUGCGGUAGCCAGAGGACGAAAACCUGGAAUUUAUAACACUUGGGACGAUUGUAAAGUACAAGUUCAUCACUUCUCCGGUCCGAAAUAUAAGAAGUUCCAUACACGAGUCGAAGCCGAGCAGUUUAUAAAGGAGCACAGUCAAGGCUCAGGAAGCGAUACGACAUCAUCGAACGUUGCACGCAGUAAGAGAUAUACGAAAAGGCCGAGGCCAGCGGAUACGAAAGACGAUAUAUCAUCGAACAUGGCAAGAAGAUCAAAAUCCUCCAAGGGAUCUGGAGACUUUCUGGUCGACAGUGAUGGUUACGUGAACGUGUACACGGACGGUGCGUGCAGUUCAAACGGUUACAGAGGAGCGAAAGCAGGUAUAGGUGUUUGGUUCGGCGACGAUCAUCCGAUGAAUGUGUCGGAGCCGGUUGUUGGUAGGGCAACUAACAAUAGGGCAGAGAUUGAAGCUGUAACUAGAGCAGCUAGACAAGCGAAGGAAGCUGGUAUUGAAAAUUUGCAGAUAAAUACUGACUCAAAGUUCCUCAUUAAUUGCGCAAACGAUUGGAUGCCAAAGUGGAAAUCUAACGGAUGGAGAACGGCGGAGAAUAAGCCAGUUAUUAAUAAAAAUGAACUGUUGGAAAUGGAAAGCGCUCUGGACAACGUGAACGUACGUUGGAAACAUGUCAACGGUCACGCUGGAAUUCAUGGCAAUGAAAUGGCUGACCAGUUGGCAAGAGCUGGUUCCUCAAAGUAUUAAGUAUGGAUACAUAAAGUGUUACUCAAGUCUUAUUAUAUAAUCAUAUCAUAUGAAACAGUAUAUUUUGUCGCUAUUAAUAAAA